GCUUAUAUUGAAUCGCCAUGACGAUGGCGAAAAGGCUCUGUUUCAUUGUUAUUCUAUCAAUGUGUCUUCUCACGAGCGCUGAGGAGUCUCCCUCUCCGGCUAUCUCGCCAGGACGUGAUUCUCCUCUGCCACCGGAAUCACAUUCAUCUCCGUCACCACCAGAAGCGGAUUCCCUUCCGCCACCAGCUUCAUCACCAAGACAUGAGCCCCUAGCGGAUUCUCCUCCACCACCUCCUCCUCAACCGUCACCAUCUCCAUCUACUGAACCAGCGCCGGUUCCUACUCCGUCAAAGGACGAUUCCCAUGAGGAUUCAGAGCCGGAGACAGAGUAUUUCCCUUCUCCGACGCCGUCUCCUGCGGCAGAAGAGCGAAAACCAGACGAUAUCAAAGCAAGCGAGGAUGGUGAUGAGUUCGAGAAAGAAGAAGAAAGCGGGAUGAGUGGAUUGGAAAAAGCUGGGAUCGCCAUUGGAGCUAUACUUGGAGUAGGAGCCAUUGUAAUGGGAGCUAUUGUUUACAAGAAACGUAGAGAUAACUUAACCAGAGCUCGUUACACUUACUUCCAAGGAGAGUUUCUCUAAACUGUUUUCUUGUUUUUUUUUUUUUUGGAUUAAGAAACAUAUACAAUUUUUCAUACAUUAAUGCUUUUGGUGGCGCUACAUGAUGAAUCUUUCAUCUCUUACUAGAGUUUAUAUUAUUAUAUAUUACCUCUUAAGGAGCAUUACUAUAUGUCCCAGUGGUCAGUAAGAUCAAAAAUUUUGGGAUUAUAAACAUUUCUCAAGAAUUUUCAUAAUUUUUUGGCAUAAUUUGAGAGCCUAUAUCUAAAAUUUUUGGGGAUAAAAUCCAAUAUUUCAUUAGACUGUGCUUAGAUCUGGCCCUCGUGGUCAAUGUGAGGAAAGAGUUCAACGGCCAUGGCGUUGAUAGUUCCAAAAGGUUCAGAUGUUUACAUUGGAUACUAAGAUUACAUUGUUUAUGUUUUAUACAUUAUGUUUGAGUUGGUACUCCCUGUCUUUAUAGGUAUAAUUGUGACUUAAACCGGUUUUAAAAUGAUGUCAAACCGAACCAAAACUCUGAUUGGUUGUUAGAUGACCAACAUCAACAAUCUGAAUGUACCCAUGAAGUAAAUUAAAAUUCACUUGACCUGGUUUUGUAUUUCUUGAAAAUAAUUGAACCAGGUUUAGAUCAAUCUGGUUCAACUUUUGUAUUCCAAAACAAGCUUUCUAAACAAUUUGGAAUGGAUCGCAGAGAUAUGGGGAAUUUUCAGAGGACAGCUCAACUUCCAAGCUCAGAAUCACAUCUGAUCACAUGGCUCAAAUAUUUCCAAAAUGAUAAUUUUAAGUUUGAAUACAACUGAGUUGAAGGUAACGAAGAAGAUGUUCAACCAAAGAAUAA